AUGAGUUGGAAUCUGCUAGAGCGCUUUAUAGAAUCUGAGCACUUCAACCAAGAUCCGAGCCUCGCAGUAGCAUACCUUGCCCGGUAUGCAGACCACGUCGGAAUCCACUAUGUGCUCUGUUCGAAGCUGCGCCAGUUCGCCUACGAGGAGCUCGAGUUCUUCCUCCCGCAGCUCUGCCACCUGCUCAUCAGCAUCGACAAUGAGUCCAUGGCCCUGGAGGAAUUCAUAAUCGACCUGUGCGAGGAGUCGGUCAACGGCGCGCUGCUGACCUUCUGGCUGUUCCAGACGUACCUGCACGACCUCGCCAGCGCGCCCAACUCGAUUGCCUUCAAGACGUGCCGCCGCAUCUACAACCGCGUCCAGCGCAUCGUCUUCGGGUCCGCCGAGCCCCAGCGCCGCGAGAAGAUCAAGGAGAACGUCCUGCCCGUCACGGUGCUGUCGAGCCUCGUCCUGGCGAGCAUAGCCGCGCCCUUCCUCCCCGUCCACGCCGGACCCCUGGCCAUUGCGCAGGCGCGGAAGCCACGGCCCGUCGAGGACAUUAUCUCGGACAAUGUGCAGACGGCCAAGGUCGGGAGGAGCAAGACCGUCACGGGCAGUUCCUCACGCUCCAAGGAGAAGCGGAUAGCGCAGCAGCACUCCGACCCCGAGGAUGGGCGAUCCGUCAAGGCUUCGUCUUCGCGGCCGCGUGAACCCAAGGACCUGCGGAAGGCAGCUGUACGGGCGCCAGCUGCUACACGGACCCCCUCGAUGCAGCAUCGCCCUUCGUUGCUGUCGAUAGCCUCGGAGGCCCGGCUCAGCUCGUCGUCAUUACCCGACUUCCGAGACCAAACCUCUUCUCCCCUGCCCACACCUCCCGCAACUGCUGGCCUCGGACCAGGCCCACUCCAGCAUGGUUCUCGCAAGCACCCCGGGCUGCCACCGAGGCCCCUCUCCCCUACCGCCUUGUCCCGCGCGCAGAAGGUACGACUACUGCGAUCCAACUACUUCCGGAACGAGACCCAGUUUCUCAGCGCGCUCGAGGACAUCUCCAACCGCCUGGUUGUUGUGCCGAAGCCCGCGCGGCUGAGUGCCCUGAGAGCUGAACUAGCGUUGAUCGCCCAGGACCUGCCGGCUGAAGUUGAUAUACCCUUAUUAUCGCCCCCGACCCUCAAGGAUGGGAUUCCGUCGCAGAGCCAGCAUCACCGCAUAGUGCGCAUCAACCCCGCGGAAGCGACUAGUCUCAACAGUGCAGAGCGAGUACCGUAUCUGCUCAUGGUUGAGGUCUUGGAGGAGGACUUUGACUUUGAUCCAGACACUGAACAGAAUCAGCAGCUGCUGGAGAAACUGAUGCUGGAGAAGGGUACCUCGAGGAGACGAUUAUUCGACAUCACCCAUGCUGAAUAUUCUGCCUUCGACCGCACGCCACCCAAUGGAUCAGACAGCGUGUUCGAGCCCGCUACUGGAGACCUGGGCAGCACCUCGCUCAUCAAGGAUAUGGAUGAUACCGACCUUGCUUCCGGAAUGGCACGCGUAGCCUUACCUGCUGCGGCUGCCAAUGGGAAAGCCACAGCCCCCAGGUCUUCUAGUGGAGCAAACACUCUGUCCUCUGUGGCCACCUUGUCUACACCACGAACUUCCGACUCGCAGAUCAGCAGGUCGAACAGUCCCGGUCCAAUCAGGCGAAUGACGAUCCCCGCGAAUCUGAACCAGCGGAAUCAAUCAGCUGAUCAGCCAGACUUCUCCGCCCUUGCGACUCACAUGCGCACCGCUGCCCAGAUGCUUGCACAGCUCGAGGCGAGUGGCGCGAAACGGCCAAAGGGCGAAGUAGCUGCGAUCAAGGCCAAGAUCAUCGCAAGCAUGCAGAGCUUGGAAGAGCAAAACUUCUUAAAUGAGGACCAGGGCCCUACUUUCGACACGAUCAUGGCAGAGUCGGAUCCAGCUGCAAUCAGUGCCGAGCCAGAGGAGCUUGAGGAUGGUUUGGCCGUCGCGACCAACACCGGUGCGGGUGCAGCUCGCAUGGAGAAUGAUCUCAAAACUGGUGGUAUGAAGCGGAAGGGCGAUCGUGAUGAUCCCAGCGCCGCGACAUUCGGCGAAGAAUGGAGCGCCAAGCGAGAGCGAAUACGGCGAUCCUCUCCAUAUGGCAAUAUGAAGAACUGGGACCUGAUCAGUGUCAUUGUCAAGACUGGAGCCGACCUGCGUCAAGAAGCCUUUGCGUGCCAGCUCAUCGAAGUAUGCACCAAGAUCUGGGAAGAAGCAAACGUGCCCGUCUGGACAAAACGGAUGCGCAUCUUAGUUACCGGCGAAUCCUGCGGACUCAUCGAGACCAUCACCAACGGUGUAUCCCUUCACUCCCUGAAACGAAGCUUGACACUUGCUAGCAUAGCAGCAGGCACCAACCCCCGGAAACGCAUCGCAACUCUCAAAGAUCAUUGGCUCAAGACAUUCGGCGAGCCAGACUCGGAAGCUUACAUUGCGGGUGUAGGAUGCUUCGCGCGCUCCCUAGCCGCCUACAGCAUGAUAUGCUACGUUCUGCAACUAAAGGAUCGCCACAACGGCAACCUCCUCAUCGACAACAUGGGCCACAUAAUUCACAUCGACUUUGGCUUCAUGCUCUCCAAUAGCCCCGGGUCUAUGGGUUUCGAAGCCGCGCCUUUCAAACUAACGCAAGACUACGUCGACGUCCUAGGCGGUGUGACAUCCCCGGCGUUCGACGAGUUCAAAACGCUGUGCAAGAAGGCAUUCCAAGCACUCAGGAAAGAUGCAGAGCGCCUGAUCAUGCUGGUCGAUUUGAUGAGCAAACAGAGCAGCAUGCCAUGCUUUGCUGCUGGCGCGGCGAGUGUGACGAAUAGUCUGAGAGCGCGUCUCAUGUUGCAUUUGAGUAGGGAGGAGGCGGAGGGGUUCGUCGAGGAACUCGUUGCGAAGAGCGUGGGGAGUUAUUAUACCCGACUUUACGAUACUUUCCAGUACCGCACACAAGGCAUAUAUUGA